UCACAAAAGACAACCCUUUUUUCUCACUCUAUGAUCCUGCGUCCGACAUCUCUAUGAUCAUAACGGACCUUUGUUUCCUGUCUGUGCCGGAAGAACUUGAGGUACGACGAGGGAUCGUAGGUUUGCGCGUGCGAGUUGGUGGCGAGAGGAGAUCCGUGCCAGCCUUGCGGUGUGGUGUCCCAGCUCAAUCUUCGGCCAUGGCGUACCGCGGGCAGGGUCAGAAAGUGCAGAAGGUGAUGGUGCAGCCCAUCAACCUCAUCUUCAGAUAUCUACAAAAUAGGUCCAGGAUCCAGGUGUGGUUGUAUGAACAGGUGAACAUGCGGAUAGAAGGCUGUAUUAUUGGCUUUGAUGAAUAUAUGAACCUGGUACUGGAUGAUGCUGAAGAGAUUCACUCCAAGACAAAAUCAAGGAAACAGCUGGGUCGAAUCAUGUUAAAGGGGGACAAUAUUACUCUUCUACAAAGUGUUUCUAACUAGAAAUCGCCAUCCAUUGUGCUCUGAUGAUUAUUUUAAUCCUUAAACCAGUGGAAGAAAGUGUGUAGUUAACAUUGUCAAUUCCCACUUCUGACUUGAUGUUUGAGAAGAAUGACCCAGUUAUUUCAUUUGUGCUUACAUAGUUUUGAAUAACUUUUAUACAUUGGAGUGGUAUUGUAGUUCUUGAUAAAUAAACUUUUUUAUGUUAACAGAUAAA